AUGUCUAAAUUAUGCCAGAUUAGUUUUGAAAAAUGUGAAUCAUAUAUACUUAGCAAUAAAAAUCCAGAAGCACUUCUAGUAGAAAAGCAUAAUGGAGAGAAUGAAGAUAAUCAAAGCUAA